GCCACUAAUAACAGCUCCUCAGCCCACAGCCACACAACGAAAAUUUUGAUUUUCCCCCACAUAUUGCCCCGCUGCAUCAACCAUGUUCUUGCAUUUGAUACGCAAAAUCCAGAUCUUAUCUCGCUAAAACCUCCUCCAAUCACUCGCUUUUGUCUUCCACCAAAGACCCUUGUUGUUGUUGUUGUUGGUCUUGUGCUUACACGGGUUCACACUUAGCUUCCUAAUCUUUUCAUUCAAGAAACAUAGUUCAGGUACGUGUGUUCGUCAGUCCCAUCUCCAAUCAUAUUUGUUGAACAAAGCCCAUUUGACAAGUUCCCUUUAUUGGAUUGGAAGUCUGGUUUUGUGGGCUUUUGUUGGAAUCUUGAAAAAGAUUGAAGUUGGGUGGUUUGGCGUAUGGGAUUUUGUUGGUAGCUGGUGUUUGUAGAAAAGGGGUGGUGGUUCAAGAUUUGAUUCUCGCGACAGAAGAUGAAGAUACAGUGCGAUGUGUGCGAGAAGGCUCCAGCAACGGUGAUUUGCUGCGCAGAUGAGGCUGCAUUGUGCGCGGAAUGCGACGUGGAAGUUCAUGCUGCGAACAAGCUUGCCAGCAAACACCAGAGGCUGCUUCUUCAGUGCCUCUCCAAUAAGCUUCCUCCCUGUGAUAUUUGCCAAGAACGGACAGCGUUCAUUUUCUGUGUUGAAGACAGAGCACUCUUUUGCAAGGACUGUGAUGAGCCUAUUCAUUCAGCCAACAGCCGUGCUGCAAACCACCAGCGUUUUUUAGCUACCGGAAUAAGAGUAGCUCUAAGUACAAGUUGCAAUAAGGACAGUGUUAAAAGCCAUCCAGAGCCAAAGCCCCCAAAACUGAGUUCACAACAGAUUGGUUUGAAGACACCCUCACAGCAUGUUUCUGGUAUCACAUCACCAUCUUGGGCUGUUGAUGAUUUGCUACAAUUUUCUGAGUAUGAAUCCUCCGACAAGAAAGAGCAGCUAGAGUUUAAUGAGCUCGAGUGGCUGACAGACAUUAAUCUCUUCGGAGAACAAGUACCCCAGGAGGCUUUAGCUGCAGCCGAAGUACCUCAGCUACCGGUGUCUCCACCUAGUAACAUGACAUCUUACAGACCUGCAAAGUUUUACACAGCCCACAAGAAGCCUAGAAUUGAAGUUCCCGAUGAUGAUGAUGAUGAUGAGGAAUACUUCACAGUUCCCGAUCUUGGUUGAAGAUCAUAGUAUGUAAUGAACACGUUCGUACUUGUAAGCAAAUCACCACUCAACUGGCUAGUGAACUUAUAUAGCAGGUAAAUGAGAUUGCUCCCGUGCUUGUAAUAGCUGACUGAUAUGGCUGCAACUCCUGUUGUGCUUCGUUGAUAUGUAUUAUUAGCUGAUGCUAUUCGUUGAGAGUUUUCAUCUGAGUUUUCUC